CUGGCAGCACUGUUGGCUUUUUCGCGCUUCCCGCGUCUGGUAGUCGGUCACGUACGAAAAUGUUUGGAUAGCCGGACAAAUUUGGCAAAUCGGAAAAUGAGCGGCCAGAAGCACCUGCGAUUGCGCUACUACACCUCCUUGGAGGAGGCCCUGCUGGUGCGGCUGUGGCGCGAGCACCUGCACAACAUUCCCUCCUACACAGAGAACCUGCCCAUAUUUCGGGAGAUUGCGCACGGCCUGCAGCAGCACGGCGUUCGGCUGAACAAACAGGAGGUUCGCCGGCGCAUCAACAGCUACCGCAAUAAGUAUUUGAACGAACGCAAACGCGUGGAGAGCAAUGCGGAACACCUGUCGGACUGGCGCCUGUACGCCCUUAUUGACUCCCUGUUCCGUCCCGACAGACCUGCGGCGGACCUCUGCCACGCCCACCAUGUACUGGAGCAGGCCGACGCGCGGGCCCGGGCGGAUCUGCCUGCCCUGCCACCACUGCGCCACACGGCGUCCGCGCCGGCGAAGUUCGAGCGCGACCCGGACGGAAGCGCCUUCCUGGAUGCCCAGCCCCUAGGGUUGCCAGUGGUCAAGGCGGAGCCAGCACAAGCUGCCUAUCACCAGGUCAAGAGCGAGCCCAAGCCCACGGAGGCGGAGCUGGGCGACGCGUAUGCCGACAGUGCCAUUAUCAGGCGGACACCACUGACGCCCGCCAACCACCUGCUGCCGGACGCAGAGGAUGCGACGUACGCGGGGCACGCCAACGGGCAGCCGGAGGCCGAGCGCUCGGCGGCCAAGAGAAGACGGGGACGCCGCAGCAUCCUGCCCCGCACCGGACAGAUCACCAUGGCCAUUGUGGAGGGGCUGCGCCAGGAGAACAGGAUGCUCGAGGAGCAGAACGACGCCUGCCUGCUCGCACUGGAGCAGAAGGAGAAACAGUUCCUGGCCAUGGAGCAGAACUUCCUGACCUAUCUGGAGCGGCAGGAAGCCUUGCUGGCGCACAUGCAGCAACGAGGCAUCAAGCAGGAACCGGAUCGGGACUUCUAGCCCAUCGGGGCUGAAAGUGUGGGUCAGAUAAGCUUUAAGUUGGAAACAAGGGCCACAGGGAACGUCGCCACGCCCAUUUCAUUUCGUUCCUUCCUCAGACACGAAAGUCUAGAUUACUCGAUGUACAAAGCAGCAUAGCAAACCGAAGAUAUUAUUAUUUUUCGCUUCUCAUUAAUACUAGCGUCCAUAUGAAUUGGCUAAGCAAAGGAUAUAAAUGUAUGGAAAAGUAGAUUUUUGUAAAAGACAUUUCGGUAAGAAAUUAGAAAUUAAAAACUAAAAACGAAUAUUUUGUU